AUGAAAGGCGCGGGUUUCAUCCUUCUGGGUCGUCGCCCUCAUUCGUGGCCCUUCCAGGACGGAUACACCCGACCCGACGGAUUCGAUGGACGGUUGAGCCUCGCAGAGGAGUUGAGGGAGAAAGGCAACGAGAAGUUCAAGGAGGAGAACCUUGAUGCGGCGAUGAUGUACGCGUUGAGUGCUUUGCAUUGCCUGGACUUCAGCAGAGGGGCCUCCAUGUCGCACAAGGACUCACACAAACAGCAAACAUUUGGCGCGCUGGUGAAGAUCAUUAGCAACUUGAGCAUCGUGUUCUUGAAGCGAGGCGACAAUUACAACGCGGUCAGGGCUGCAGACUUGGGCCUAGAUCCCAGAGGUUCACGCCAUUUCGCCGACCCUUGGAAAAAACACGGACUCGCGAAGAUCUGUUGGGACGCCUCAGAUAGAGGAGAAGACAGGCGGAGCAGACAGGAAGAAAAGCACGAGGAGGCAGAGCACGAGCAGGAGCAGGAGGGUGAGGAUGAAGAGGAGAAGAGGGGAGGAUCCUGA